AGUGCGGCUCGGGCGAUGGGUCUGGCUCCGGAGAUGCCAUCGAGUGCGAGAGAGACAGCUGCCGGAAGUACGGGGGUUCGUGGGACGAGGAUAUGGAGGAUGACCGUUGUGUGUGCGACUAUACCUGUGGGACUGUACCACAGAACUUGGUGUGUGGAUCGGACGGGGUGGCCUACGCUAAUGAGUGUGAGCUGAAAAAAUCCCGCUGCGAGAAACGCCAGGACAUUUACGUGGCAAGCCAGGGACCCUGCCAAGGGGUCCCAACGCUUCCGUCCUCUUCGCCAGAACUCCUUCACUGUAGCAAAACCGUUUACGGCUGCUGUCCAGACAACAUGACUUUAGCCCUUGGAGUGGGGUCGGCUGGAUGCCCCAGCACUUGCCACUGUAACCCCUACGGCUCCUACGGAGGGAGCUGUGAUCCCAGCAUAGGCCAGUGCUCCUGCAAACCCGGCGUCGGGGGGCUGAAGUGCGACCGCUGCGAACCCGGUUUCUGGAACUUCCGCGGCAUCAUCACGGACAGAAAGAGCGGCUGUACCC